AUGUCUGACGUUCUGAAACCAGUCAUAUCAACUGUUAAUUUCAUCAGAUCUUUUGGGCUGAAUCACCGACAAUUCCGACAAUUUAUUGCAGAGAUUGGAGAAACAGACUUACCUUAUCAUACUGCCGUACGCUGGCUUAGUUGUGGGAAAGUCCUUCAGCGCUUUUUUGAACUUCGAGCAGUGAUCGAAAUUUUUUUGAAUGAAAAGCACCGCCCUCUUACUGAAUUACAAAACAACGCAUGGCUAUGGAAGUUAGCAUUCUAUGUUGAUUUGACAAAACAUGUGAACGAACUGAAUUUGAGAUUGCAAGGAGAAAACCAGCAUCUUCCUGAUUUAUACACUAAUAUCAAGUUAUUCCGGAUGAAAUUGAUACUGUUUCAAUCACAACUACGAAGUAAAUGUUUUUCACAUUUUAAAACAUGUGAAAUAUUCAGCCACACUACUGAGACUGAGUUUCCUAUCGAUUUUGCAAUCGAAACUUUGAGUGCUUUGAAGAUAAAUUUUGAUACUCGUUUCUCGGACUUUGAUGCCAUUGCGAAUCAAAUUAAGAUUUUUCAGAAUCCUUUUGAUGCUGACAUUGAAACCCUAGCCCCGGAACUUCAAAUGGAAAUGAUUGAUCUUCAGUGCAGUGAUAUAAUUAAGAACAAAUAUGAAAACUCAUCUUUGUUGGAAUUUUAUAAGAGUCUUCCACUGACACAAUUUGAUAAUUUGCAUAAAUUUGCUCGUGGGCUGUUUUCCGUUUUUGGUACUACUUAUUUGUGUGAGAAAACCUUCUCCAAAAUGAAGUACACAAAAAAUGUAUACAGAUCUAAAUUAACUGACGAGCAUCUUAAAUCUCUUUUAAUAAUUGGUACAAGUAAAAUUAGUCCACAACUACAAACUAUUGUCGGUGGAAAAUCUCAAUUACAUACAUCUCAUUAG